AGAGGCCCUGGCCGCGCCAGAUGCGCGCCGCCGCGGGGAGACGCGGGCAGUCCGUGUGCUGCGCUUUCGCCUGCUAGUCGCCCGCCCCGCCGCGCCAUGGACGCCCCUAAACAAGUGGUCAACUUCGGGCCCGGGCCCGCCAAGCUGCCGCGCUCGGUGUUACUGGAGUUGCAAAAAGAAUUACUAGACUACAAAGGAGUUGGCAUUAGUGUUCUUGAAAUGAGUCACAGGUCAUCAGAUUUUGGCAAGAUUAUCGGGAACACAGAGAAUCUGGUGCGAGAAUUGUUAGCUGUGCCGGACAACUACAAAGUGAUUUUUGUACAAGGAGGUGGGUGUGGCCAGUUCAGUGCUGUCCCGUUAAACCUGAUUGGCCUGAAAGCCGGAAGGUGUGCAGACUAUGUGGUAACAGGAUCGUGGUCAGCUAAGGCUGCAGAAGAAGCUAAGAAGUUUGGGACUGUGAAUGUCGUCCACCCUAAACUUGGGAGUUACACCAAAAUUCCAGAUCCAGGCUCCUGGACCCUCAGCCCGGAUGCCUCCUAUGUAUAUUUCUGUGCAAACGAGACCGUGCACGGUGUGGAGUUUGACUUCAUCCCUGACGUCAAGGGAGCAGUACUGGUCUGCGACAUGUCGUCCAACUUCCUGUCCAAGCCAGUGGAUGUUUCCAAGUUUGGUGUGAUUUUUGCCGGUGCCCAGAAGAAUGUCGGCUGUGCUGGGGUCACAGUGGUGAUCGUCCGCGAUGACCUGCUGGGGUUCGCCCUCAGGGAAUGCCCCUCAGUCCUGGACUACAAAGUGCAGGCUGCAAACAGCUCACUGUACAACACGCCUCCGUGUUUCAGUGUCUAUGUCAUGGGCCUGGUCUUGGAGUGGAUUAAGAACAAUGGUGGCGCACCAAACAUGGCGAAGCUUAGCUCCAUCAAAUCUAAGAUGAUUUAUGACAUUAUUGAUAAGUCUCAAGGAUUCUAUGUAUGUCCAGUGGAGCCGCAGCAUAGAAGCAGGAUGAACAUUCCCUUCCGCAUUGGCAGUGCCAAGGGAGAUGAUGCUCUGGAGAAAAGGUUCCUGGAUAAAGCACUUGAACUCAAUAUGAUCUCCUUGAAAGGGCAUAGGUCGGUGGGAGGCAUGCGGGCCUCACUGUACAAUGCUGUCACAGUCGAAGAUGUUAAGAAGCUGGCUGCCUUCAUGGAAAAUUUUUUGGAAAUGCAUCAACUGUGAACAUAUCCUAACUAGUCUGUACUCUGCCCUAGAGUGACGAAGUUUAGAGUAACUUGGGAAAUGGCUGCAUAAACAUGAAAGACAUGGUGUUUUUUCCCAAAUGAACAUGAUUAUUACAGAAUCUUCAGUUUGCAAGAAAUACAGCAAAACUUUCAGAGUUCUGCAAAGCUGAUGGGACCACCAGCCAAUGGCCACCUUACUCCUGACUUGAACUGGAAGCAUGUUUUUAAAUCUUCCCAUUGCUUUUCUAACAAUUUCCGGUCAAAUUUUGUCUUUGCUACUGCUUUUUUUAGGUAGAUGUCAGUACUGGAACUUGCCUGGGACUUAAUUGUUCCAGCGGCAGUUACUUCUGGAGUUAUGCAAACAUAGCACUGGUUUGGGGCGGAGGUGUAGCUCUGAAUCGAGACAGCGGUGGGGUCGCUUGGCUCCCAGAGGUGAAGGUUGGUGGUGACAGUGUGGUGAGGGUUUUCAAAUUCCAGGCAAAGGGCAGAGUGGGAUAUCUCUUUAUAUUGUUAUCCUCAUAAAGAGAUGAAGUGACUGACUAUAUAAAUGGUUAUAUAAGGUCUGUUUUUAAUACAUGUAGUUUAUUUCUCUAUGCUGUUAUAUUUCUAAUAAAAUGGUUCUUUGUGAUAUUAGAAUUUGUCAAUUCCCUCUCCAUGUGCUGCUUCAUGAAAAGGCUCUACAAGUUCCACAGUUCACUUUUAAAAAGUCUCUUCUGAAUCAUAGAAGAAAUGUCUGGUUCUUUGCUUUUCAUUUAUACCAUUAAACUAAAAAUCUGUCAGACUCCCUUCCCCUUUGUUCACGUGGCCGUUUUCCUUGCAGUGAGUUCCAGAAGGUCUUUGUGAAGUGUGCCUCCCCCUGUUGUUAUCUCUUGUGGGUAUUUUGUGUUGACUGUAUGGAGAAUAUUAAAGUCCUCAAACACCGAAA